AUGACUUUAGAUUCAGUGGAAGCUUAUCACAUCCUCCGUAAUGGAAUUACUGGUGGUCUAUCAAAUGUUCAACAUAGAGUAAAUCUUAAAGGAAUCACGCACAUUAAUAAACUUUCAUAUAGUCCAGAAACUAAAACAGUAUCAAAUGAGGACACUUCCAACAUCAUGACUCAUUUCGUUGGUGUUGAUUUCAAUUCAUUAUAUCCUUCAUCAUUUUCAUCAAAUCCUCAUGAUUUCAUUCAAUACACCGAUCAUAAAAUGUAUAUGCCGGGAAGAUUGAAUGGUGUUAUCAUUUGUGAUACAGCAACAAAGAAAGCAAAAGCACUGGGAAUUAUUAGAAAGAAAAAUACUUUAUUCGUGGCUGAAGUAAAGGGUCACAUUGAUGAAAAAUACAUUAAUGAUUACAUAAACUUUUUACCGAUAAUAAGAAACUUAGAUAUUAUCACAGAUGAAAAAACAAUUGGUGGUUUUAUGUAUAAUUACAUGAAAUCAAACAAUCUACCGGUUGACCAGAAACAGAUGAAAUUAACUCAGUUAGCAUCAACACACAACCAAUAUCAACCAUUUUCUUCUUAUUAUCUUUGGUAUCUAAUCGACAGAUUUCAUUUUAUCAUCGAUGAUAUUCAAUCAAUUUUAACAUUCACGAAAAACACUUGUUUUAAUGAAUUUGCGAACAAAUUUAUGAACGAAAGACAAAAGGCUGAAUUAGAAGGAAAUAAAGGAAAAAGUUUAUUUUGCAAAAUUUCACUUAAUGGAUCAUAUGGUUACGAUGCAAUGAAUACACAAAAUUACGCGAAGACUAAAAUAAUGAAUGCACAGAAGGCACGCGUUGCAUGUAUGGCAAAUAAGUUUAAAAACAUAAGAGAAAUAG